UCCAUUUAUGAUAGUCAACGCCAACUCUGACUCGAGAUGAGUUGAGAAAUCGAGAUCAAACAUUCCAACACCGAACACACUCUCUCGGCCUGAGAUUGCCAAGUGAAACACCACCAAAAACAAUGGCGAUUUCAUCCAGCAAGGGUUGGACCAGCACCAGAAUUUCCUCCAUUGCUUGUCGCCUUUUCUUCUUCCUCAUCUUCCUUCAGAUCCCUCUCUUCCGAGUACCAUGCAGAUCUGGUACUUGCACAACCCCAGUUCACGUGACAUCUUCCCAAUUAAUAGCUAGCGAUAUCAUUCCUGUACCAUUUGUCAAAAUCCUUCUUUAUCCUGGAGCCAUGGCACAUGGGCUUGUAAAGAACAUGACAAUUCCUAGUUGGAACAAGCUGGUGGAUAUCUACAAUCUAACUAAUGUUAAAGAGGCUCCUGUGGCACUUGAUUUGAAACGUCUAGAGGUUCUGGCGGGUAGUUACUUCUGUGUGGCAGGCGCCUUAAUUGGCAUUCUAAAACCAGGUAGAAUGAGCAUGUUUGGCACACUGUUGAUAGUUUGGGGUCUUGUCAAGGAAGGAAUCCUUUCACGACCAGUCAACACAGAUCCUGCCCAAUCUAUCUAUGUCUAUCCUACGAUGUUACUUGCUGUUGUAUGUGCUUUUGCAUCUGUCAAGUAUGAUAUAAAGAAGGCCAUGAGAACUCCAGCUCCUAGGCCCACUGCAAAACCUCUCAAGAGCUCUUCGAAAUCCAAGCUGAAAUGAUAUUCAGUGUUCUUUAUGGUGAUAUGAGAGAGUUAAAUGCAGCAUGGAGCGGUGAACCAUGGAAAGAUGCUUUCUUUACUUCCCGGCUUCAUUUUUGAAGAAGAUUGUUGGAAACAUACCACAGCUCUAGAAGUGGAGAGUUGUUUUGCCAUUUCCCAAGCAAAUUGCGUUAUCAUGGUCAAAAGCAUUUGGGGUUGGUAGCUGCUAGAAAAAGCAAGUGUGGAUAUUUUAAUAUCAUUUUUUUCUGGACUCCUUCGUCCCUCCAAUGCUCUUACCUUCUAAUGUUAUUGUUCUGAUUUGAAAUUUUUAUUCUUGAGUUCGUGCAGCUCUGCUACCUUUUUAUUAUCAUUCUGUGCCAGCAUUUUGUUUUUCCUGCUU